AUGCAAUUGUGCAUAGAUUAUAGACAGUUGAACAAAACGAAAAUUUGCAAUAAAUAUCCCUUACCACGUAUUGAUGACCUGUUUGAUCAACUUCACGGUGCUACAGUAUUUUUAAAGAUUGAUUUGCUUUCUGGAUAUCAUCAACUUAAAAUCAGGGAUAGUGAUGUGCUGAACACUGCUUUCAAGACAAGAUUUGUGAUUCUUGAUAGAGUGGUAUUUUUAGGACAUGUCAUAUCAACAGAAGGAACAUAUAUCGACCAGCAGAAAACUAAAGCAAUGGUGAAAUGGGAAAAGCCUACUAAUGUGAUAAGAAUACGAAGUUUUCUUGGCUUUGAAGCCAGCGUAGUUGUUAAUGCUCUCAGCAAAAAGGCAUCUAGUUCUAUGAACCAGACUAAUGCAAUAGCAGUUGAGUUUCUGGGUAUCUUCUGA